CAGGGAGGAGGAUUAUAGGAAGGUCUGUGAGCUUCUCCUUAUCUCGCUGUAACAUCCAGUCUGCAGACGCACUCAGGACGCUUCUUCGAGCCACAGAAGGAAGGAAAGAAACCAACUACUGAUGGAAGACAAACUUAACGGGAAGAUGAGCGCCUCUUCGAUUGCUGAUUCAGCUGAAGCGAGAGUAAGAGAACUGAUUGAUCCUGGCUUUAGCAGGUCCACCAAACUGCCUGUGCGUAAUUUGGAAACCCCAGGCGCUUUAGUUCCCGGGUUGAAUUUAAGUGGAGACUGCGCAGUUUAUAAAGACUGUAAUGUUAUUGAUGCUUCAGCUUCUGGAAAGCAGUUUUAUGACAGCGACUAUUUAAAGUCUGAUAGUGUUCCCUGGGAAGAUUUUGUUAAAACUCAGAGCACCGGUUCAUCUAUAUCGGAAAGUUUGCCAGGAGUAAAUCUAAGCCUGUCCUCAGCUUCUGGGGCUUGUAAGUUCAUUAAAGACGAAAAGGAGCCCUCUGUGAUAAUGGACACCCCCUGUCCGAGGUUUGACGCAUCACAAGAGAUCCCUGCAUUAGACACCUGCUGCGAAAUCGACAGCAAACACCAGCAGGGGCUGGAGGUGGUUCCUCGACCACGGCUGGAGGGCUCUCCAAACUGUCUGUUGGAGUUAAAGCAGCCAGAGCAGCUUGGGAACCUCGGAAGGACCGAGUCCAGGUGCGCUCUGUCCGCCCACUCAUCACCAAACACCAUGUACAAGACUGAAGCUUCACGGUGGGAGAUCCAAACCUCUACAUCUGAAUCCCAGUACUGGCUGCACUCGACAGGUAUGACUGAGACAGACGCCUUUACAGCCAACAACUACGAUGGGAUCCAGAACCACACCCAGACUCAGAGGAACCCUUCACCCUUCUCCACUUUCCCUGGGAUGCAACCACAGAGAAUGUGCGUUAUCUGUGGCGAUGAAGCAUCUGGCUGCCAUUAUGGAGUCUUAACAUGUGGGAGCUGUAAGGUCUUUUUCAAAAGAGCAGUGGAAGGCCAUCACAGCUAUCUCUGUGCCGGGCGAAAUGACUGCAUUGUGGACAAAAUUCGGAGGAAGAAUUGCCCCGCAUGUCGCCUCAGAAAGUGUUAUCAAGCAGGAAUGAUGCUUGGAGGAAGGAAGCUGAAGCGCUUUGGAGCCUUGAAGGCCUUAGGCUUGGCCCCGUCCCUGAUGUUCCAGUCCCAUUUGUCCAUGUCUGGGGAUAGCCAGGCCUUGACCUCCAUGUCUUGUGUACCAAGUAUCCACGAGAUUCAGAUGUCCCAACAAAUAAUCAGCAUUCUGGAAAACAUCGAACCCGAGAUUGUGUACUCAGGUUAUGACAACUCACAACCCGAAGUUCCCCAUCUUCUGCUCAACAGUCUCAACAGGCUGUGUGAGAAACAGCUGCUGUGGAUCGUCAAGUGGUCCAAGUCCCUGCCAGGUUUUCGCAAUCUGCACAUCAAUGAUCAGAUGACUCUAAUCCAGUACUCAUGGAUGAACCUGAUGGUGUUCUCUCUCGGUUGGCGUUCUUUUCAGAAUGUCACCAGCGAAUAUCUAUACUUUGCACCUGAUCUGGUUCUUAGCCAGGAGCAGAUGAGGAGAUCUCCCAUUUAUGACCUGUGCUUGGCGAUCCAGUUUAUCCCUCAAGAGUUUGCCAACCUACAAGUGACCCGAGAGGAGUUCCUGUGCAUGAAAGCCAUAAUAUUACUGAACACAGUUCCUCUUGAAGGUCUGAAAAGUCAGGCUGCAUUUGAGGAAAUGAGACAAAACUACAUAAGAGAGCUUUCCAGAGCCAUCCACAUGAAGGAGAAGGGCGUGGUGGCCAGCUCGCAGCGAUUCUACCACCUUACCAAACUGAUGGACGCUAUGCAUGAUAUAGUAAAGAAGGUCAACCUAUUCUGUCUGAGCACCUUCAUCCAGGCGGACGCCAUGAAAGUGCAAUUUCCAGAGAUGAUGUCAGAGGUCAUCGCCUCUCAACUACCAAAGGUGUUGGCUGGCAUGGUGAAACCACUGCUGUUCCACACAAAGCAGUAAGGAAAAACAUCAUGACUCUGUGGAGGCGGCCUUUGACGGGAUUAUUGCUGCAGAAUACUGGAUUCUUCAGACCCUGCUUUGCACUGUAGUCAAUUAUUUAAACUUUGAUAAAUGCCUCAAAGUAUGGCAAAAUGAUAAAAAAUAACAUCAACUUUUACAAAAAGUGCCUACUAAAGCAUUUGUAUUCUUGAUCUCCUUUUCAAUUUUUGGUCACGUUACCACCACAGCCUGCAAAGAACAUUUCUGUUCUAAUUGUUUUGUCCAUUUUAAUUGAUAAUAUCUCAAACUCAGUCAGCUUGGAUAGUAUUUGCUGUGACCUGAAACCAUUCCAUCGCAGCUAGCUCCUUCAUUCACACAGAUUCCUUUAUUCACGCAUCCCCUGCUUUCAAGAGGUGGAUAAUCCCAGUCCAGAAAAUAAAAAGCCUGUACAGAAAUCGGUUCCAACCGUUUACAUUUCCAGCUCCACAAUACGGACUAAUCACUUGAGGAUCUAAACACCUCGUUAAGUGAGGAUAAAGGAAAACAAGGCAGGGUUUUUACUUUCUGGACCUGGAUUAUUCACUUCUGCGUGUUUCAUCACAAAUAGAAACCAUACUGGUGAAUUUUUUGGUCCCCACCAAUUCAAGAUAUGACGAAUAGUCCCCUCUGCUGUAAACAGAAAUAUGGAUCAAGUCUAAUUUUCAUCCCAGAUGGAGCAAAAAGCAUCAGGUAUUUAAAAAAUAGACAAACCAGACAGCAACUAGACAGGAAAAGAGAAAGGUGGAUCUGGAACAUUUCAAAAUAAGAGGCGACGCAUGGACGACUCCUUCAGUGUAAAGUCAGCCUUACUGGAAGGUAAACCUCUGCCCUAGUCUGAAGUCACCAACGUUUCACCUCUAGGUGGUUUACUCUGUUCUUCAAAUAGUG